GGGCGGCUGUUUGGUUGGCCUUCUGAUCAUCAUUUGUUGGGUUAUUCGUCUUUGAUCUUGGGCUGUACAUUGUGGACCUUGAAGAAGUGGUCUUGUAUACCCAAGUACCUGUUCGUCGUUAUGGGAACUCGUUAUGGACAGUCCAGUUACUUUACUAGUUUGCUGUUCAGUUUUUCACCUCUGAUCCGCCUGGUUUGGUGACCGAGAAUGAUGGGCUAAGGCCAUAGUAGCGUACUGGUCCUGCACUUGCUGGAAUUUCUUAAGGGGGUUCUGAAGCGUAUUAUGUCGCGCCUUAGAAGGUUCCGUACAUUUCCUAGCUGAUUUGCAUAUCUUAAGAUAUACCAUUCAUACUGUUUUAACCAAAUAUGAUAAAAUAAUACUACAGGAUGGUUAAAAAACUCAGGAACAGGUUUUCAGCAAAACUUAGAAGAACGAAUGAGACACUAGGCAAGACUGAAGCGGUCUAGAUGUUUUCGACGCGUUUUUGAUUUCGGGUUGAGGUAAAUACUUUUCAAAGUUGCAAAACUAGUGUCCAGGUCGUCUUCAAUAUCAAACGAGUUUUAAUCCGUCUCUUAGACCCUGGAGUGGGGGACCUCGGUUUAGUGGGGUAGGUUUCUUUUGUUUUGUGUCCCCCAGAGCGUGAAAACAAAAGAAACCGACCCCACUAGACCGGGGUCCCUCACUCCAUGUAAACAGGCUCUAAGUAACACGCUGUUUUUUUCUAAAUAAUAAUAAUAAUAAUAAUAAUAAAAUUCCACAGACAAUGUAAUCUCCUCAAUUCGAACAAUAUUACUACUGAUGUAAGAAAAUCAACAUUGUAUACCGCUGCGAUUUUUAGGAUAAAAGUGGCGCUCUUAAGCAUGUUUUUCUCUGUCUUAACAAUGACAUCUUUUUAGACUGACACGCUAAAACAAAAAAAACGAAAAAGAACAAAAUGUGCAUAACGUUUGAAACAGAGAAUAAUCGGAGCAAGAUAAAAAUAAUAAAUAUCCAUAAAAUGGUUGUGCACACGCGAGAAAAACGGAGCACGUGAUUUUACGAUUGUUUGAUGUAUGUGAACAACUUGUUCCAGAUCUGUGCUGUUGCCGUUCAUACUGUAGUGGAUCCGGUAUAGUGUAGUGUAUCCUCAAUCAGUUUCCUUUGUCACCCGUCAGGGCCUGGAGGCAAAAGAGGAUCAACCUUGGUUAAGUCAAAAUUAAUCUGACAUCAAAUUUGCCUGGUAACAUACUUACACAAAAUGAAAAUAAACAUUUCUAAAGUUAAAGUAUCAGAAACAAUGGAGAAUGCCUAAUUGCUAUGUGCAACUGAUGCUAUGAACUAUCCGGUAGUCCCUUGUUUUACAAAGUCUGCUGAAAGCAACAAACGUUGUGUUUAUCUUAAACUAUUUUAGAAAAAAAGUGAAUGGCAAUGAGGAGAAGAGUCAUCCAGAGAUGGACGAAAGACUCAAGAAUAUAGAACCAAAAAUGGUUGAACUGAUAACAAAUGAAGUGAGUCAUAAGUCUUUAACAAUAUUCUGCUCAUAUCUCUUCAUAUACUAAGUAAUGGCAUAGCUGCUUGGCAUCUAAUUAAAGGGGCUAUGUAACGAAGAUAUUGCUGUUUUAGGUUAAAGUCAUUACUUAGCGCCUUCUACCCACGCACAAAAUGCUCCAGUCCAGUGAAGAAGAAGAAGAAGGUAUCAAACAAAUUUCAUUAGGGAGUAUAACCAUAAUAAUUUUGGUCAUUUUUGAAGGCACAGCAUGAAACCUUUUAAAGGGUGGCCCUAGCUUUUGAAGGUUUCAAUCCAUGUUCAUGCUUGCCAUCCGUAGCAACAAACGACAAGGAACAGUUUCAAUGUGAACUGUAGUCUUAAAGGCAAGGUUUCACGGUUCAGCGCAUGCUCAUCAAUCAAAAUGGUGUUUUUCUGCCUGGGCAUGCUGUGUCGUCUAUGCGAGCAAUAUGAUAAUGUCAUAAGGUUGUCAAAGAACCAAUUUGCACACUCCCCUGGCGGUCACUUGAUCAACUUACGUGCAAUAGCUGUAAAUUCAUCAACCAUGGAAUAAAGCCUUCGGGUAACGUUGGUAGUUUUGGCAUAAUCCACUAAUUUUUUCUGCGAUUUUAGUACUCCUCCAUCCUACUUAAGGUUACUCUGAAAUACACUUCUACUUUGAAAUACACUCUGAGAUCGCCGAGAUACAUGUGAGUGGGAUUAUUAACCGAUAGAAUAAAUAAUAAAUUGGAAAAAAGUAAUAUAAUUAAUGAGCAUGCGCUGAACCGUGAACCUGUACCAUUAAGGUGGCUCGACUGGAUUUGUUGGGGUUGAUACCAACCACGUUUGAGCAUUAACUACGUCGGCAUGAGUAAAGAUGUGGAAAAAAGGUUACCACAACUGUAUUAUAUAAAGAUGAAAAUUUCUUAUGAUGUGGGUUUAUUGCAAUCGCAGUCGCCAUGGCAACGUAAUGACGCCAUUACGUUUUUCAUUUAUCGUUGUGUUUCUCUGUACCAGGAGUUUUUUGAAGAAAUCGCUUAAGGGAGUAUGUACCUGCCAUAAUUGCCUCCAUUAUGGCAAAGUUUGAGGAAAUUCUAUGAGAGCGUUUUCGAAAUAUUUUGAAAUGCAGUUUUAAGAACCAUCAAAGCAGUGAAAUAGCAUGCUAGCCGCAAAAUUCGCUAAUAUUUUAAGAAAAUGAUGAGCUUUGGAAUCGCAGCUUCAUCUCAUAGUGGUUUGAUUCCAUUGAAAACUGCAUACAAAAAAAGAGGGGAAUUGCUCUGGGCGAUCGCGAGUAAGAAGAAUUUUAUUAACUUGCAUUCAGCUGCUUUUGAUACAGUUUUUGGAGUUAAUUUGGUUCAUGCCUAAAAAUUUCGCAUUUUGCCAAAAACCGCUCGAUAAAUUUUGUUAUAGAUUCGACAAUCCCGAGAUCAAUUGUUAAGAAAUAUUCUCUGCAAGUUUCAAGAACAUUGAAAACAGGGAAGGCUUUUAAAUAGGGCCUCUAACAUAACCAAUUUUUCCCCCAGAUUUUGUGUUUACAAGCGAGCGUCCUCAUUAUUCACUGGCAUUGUUUUCAAGUUUCAUAUGCACGUGCACAACUAGCAAAAGAUAUAAAUUUGCAUAAAAAAGAACUCUCGAUUACUUUCCGAAGAAAUAUCCGGAAUAUGCUAAUAAUUGGCUUGUCGUCACAGAUAGCAGUGAGAGCCGAAACGGUGAACGUCACGGCUCAUCGUGUAGGAUGCAAUACUUGAUUAUCAUCACAGAAGCUCUCACAAAGAGUUGCUCUGAUGUUAUAUAAUGUAUCACUAAUCUCUUUAGCCGUUAAUUAGCAUAUCCCGGAGAUUUAACCGAGGGUCCUUUUUGAUGCAAAUUCUAUCUUUUUGCUAAAUGUGCACGUGUAUAUGAAACUUGGAAACAAUGCCAGUGAAUAAUGAGGACACUCGCUUGUAAACACAAAAUCUGGGGGAAAAUUGGCCAUAUUUGAGGCCCUAUUUAAAAGCCUUCCCUGUUUUCAAUGUUCUUAAAACUUCCAGGGAAUCAUUCUUGACGAUUGAUCUCGGGAUUGUCGAAUUUAUAACAAAAUUUAUCGAGCGGUUUUUGGAAAAAUGCGAAAUUUUUAGGCAUGAACCAAAUUAACUCCAAAAACUGUAUCAAAAGCAGCUGAAUGCAAGUUGAUAAAAUUCUUCUUACUCGCGAUCGCCCAGAGCAAUUCCCCUCUUUUUUUGUAUGCAGUUUUCAAUGGAAUCAAACCACUAUGAGAUGAAGCUGCGAUUCCAAAGCUCAUCAUUUUCUUAAAAUAUUAGCGAAUUUUGCGGCUAGCAUGCUAUUUCACUGCUUUGAUGGUUCUUAAAACUGCAUUUCAAAAUAUUUCGAAAACGCUCUCAUAGAAUUUCCUCAAACUUUGCCAUAAUGGAGGCAAUUAUGGCAGGUACAUACUCCCUUAAGCGAUUUCUUCAAAAAUCUCCUGGUACAGAGAAACACAACGAUAAAUGAAAAACGUAAUGGCGUCAUUACGUUGCCAUGGCGACUCCGAUUGCAAUAAAACCCAGAUAAUAAGAAAUUUUCGUCUUUAUAUAAUACAGUUGUGGUAAUCUUUUUUCCAUAUCUUUACUUAUGCCGACGUAGUUAAUGCUCAAACUUGGGAGGUAUCCCCCUCAAAAAAUCCAGUCGAGCCACCUUAAAUAGCAAAGUGAACCAUUAUUUCUUGAAUUCAGAUGAUGCGAAAACACGUUUAGGCUGUUUCAAAAGGUGGCAAAUAGCAUGACAUGCUAGAUAUCUAACUGAUUCUGGAUUUCUUGGGCAAUGCAGUUCUAUUGUAAAUCUUUCUGUUUGGUGAAGUUUUCUGUUUUCUGGUGUACAUCAGGCAAGAGUUGGUUUCAAAAGCGCAAAGCGUUUUACUAAGUAAGCGGGAAAGACAAAUUUGAUUUGAUCAACUUAGCAGAAAAAGACAACUUGCCAGGGUAAUAAGAUUCAAAAGCUGAUAUAACUAAUGCUUGCCUAUUGGCUUUGUGAAAGGGCGGGUUAGCGACCGAAACGCGGUCAACUUUCAAUUUGAUUUGGUUUUCGGCCUCAAAUCAGCUGACUGGUCCAUAUUAGUUUCCUGUUUACCUUAACAUAUUACUACCGAUUGAAGUACCCUCAGUGUCCCCUUUCAGUAUUAAUAUGUCCCAUGUUUGUCUCCCACUUUGCUUGACACGAUCAUAAGAGACGACUUGAGAUGAUAAUUUGCAUUGUGUAGCAGUUAGUGAACCUUUUUGUACAUUUUGUACUCUUAAGAUUAUGGAUCAUGGUCCACCGGUGUCAUGGGAUGAUAUUGCAGGACUGGAAUUUGCCAAGAGUGUAAUCAAAGAGAUUGUUGUGUGGCCCAUGCUGAGACCGUAAGUCUGGUGAUAAAUCCAUAUCAUAUGUACACGUGAUAAUAAAUUAGCUUGUAGGAUUUAAAACCUACUGGAAUUGAUAGUUGAUCUGGAAUAAAAUUUUGGUUGACAGAGGUGUCUGUCAUCUUAACAUUCAUGUUUCUGUAAAUUAAACGAACCUACUGAUGUAUAUUUUUUAAAGUUUGCAUAAAGUGUCCCCGUCACAUUCGUUAAGUAAAUCUUUCGUACCAAUCCAAUAAUUAGAUAAUUCCUCGCGCUCAGAUUUGGUUUCUGAUAGUCAUUAAUCAGACCUCUUCCCCUUUAUAAAAAACCCGGUCUAUUUUUCAGUGACAUCUUCAAAGGCUUGCGAGGACCCCCCAAGGGAGUGCUGUUAUUUGGACCGCCAGGAACUGGAAAAACAUUAAUUGGUAAAUACAGAAACUAUUCGUGUAUAAUUUCAAAAAGAAUAAAAAAAUUUAAGUGAUGUGUACAGAACUGUUUUUUUUUUCUGUUUUCACCUGGCAGAAAACAGAUGGUUUCGAUCACUUGUAAUACUUAUAAAAAAUGGAAUAUUUAUCUUGUCCUGAACAUUGGACUCGCGCAACCUUGUUUUUUAGUAAUGACCAAUAAUAUCGAUGAGGACGUGGUCAGGCGGGAGAUUAGGGCGUGAAGUCGAUAGUAAAGUGGGACCGUUUUUAACUCCUCCUUUUCGGUUGUAUCAAUUUUUAAAAUCAUAGAUACUGCUUUCCUGUUUUUCUCUCGAUAAUUUGUUUUUCGGUUUGCUUGUUUUGGCUUUGUUAAAGAUCAAUCCUAGUUUGUAAAGGGGAAAGGAAAUAGCAAUUGUCUCAUCAUUUAUUAUGACACCGGCAGUGUCUUUCACUGGUCCUUGAAUUCUAUAUUAAAGAAAAUCGAAAUAUAAUAUCUUUCCAAAGUAACACUCCCUGUUUCGAUUGGGAUAAAAUCUUUGUUAACUUCUCUAAAGUAAUCGUCUUAAUCUUAAGUCCUUAAAAAAUUAUACACCAUUAAAUAAUGAUAAGCGAACGUGUUGAUUUAGGCAAGUGCAUAGCCAGUCAAUCCAAGGCCACAUUCUUCAGUAUCAGCGCGUCAUCUCUUACAUCUAAGUGGGUAAGUGUAUACUAAUAAUGUCGCAAAUGAGAGAACAACCCUACAGUACCUGUCCUCUUUACGUACAGAAUGUGAUGAACAGUAAGUUCGGACGUCAGCAAACAAUGGCGCGCCACUGCCCUUAUCGGUCCAUUUAUGAGCUUACUAUAUGAAAUGUGUGACAAGUGAAGUAAUAACAGAGGUAGUGGUUGAUCACUUGCGCCACCAGGAAAACUUCCCCUACUUUUUUAAACAGUAGUGUGGUUCUCUUACGUCCCCUUCGAGUUCCGUGAUAAAGGAGACUAUGCCAACACCUAAUGAAGUGAUGUGGACUGGGUGAUGUUAUACAUAGCCAGCAUGAUCUUAGCAGUUUUUCAAAGACCACGGUUGUUGGACUGGACUGGCCUGUGUUUGAACCCGGAUCUGCCGCUCCGCAGACUGCUGCUAUUUUAACUGAGCUAUCUGGGCGACAUUAUCUCGUGUAGGCUUUUCCUGACGCUUUUGCAUACACGAUCUAUUUAUUUUGUGUCUGUAUUAUAGGUAGGGGAAGGUGAAAAGAUGGUUCGUGCGUUGUUUGCUGUUGCCAGAUGUCAUCUGCCUGCUGUUAUUUUUAUUGAUGAGAUAGAUUCACUGCUAUCUCAGAGAACUGAUGGAGAGCAUGAUGCCUCAAGAAGGAUAAAAACUGAAUUCCUUGUUCAACUGGCAAGUGUUAUGCGCAGUAAAGUGUUGACAACAGUGAUUGUUUAUGUAUAAAAGCUUUCAUAUUAUGAUAAAAUAGCUUAUCUCUGCACUUUUGUAUUAGUGUGCAAAAAUAAUAACCUUCAUGGUGAACAUUCUUUACCGAAAACGAUUUUUCUUGAAAUUUCCCAUAACUUCAAGGAAUAUACUGCAAAAUCUUGUUGCGUAUUUUACCACGCCCUUAACAACAUUAAGGUCAGAGCUUGUAGACGUUCACUUUUUUCUUCGCAAUGUGUAACAGUGACCUUUUUUCUUUCUUUUAUUUCAGGAUGGCGCAACAACAAAUUCUGAUGACAGGCUUCUUGUUGUUGGUGCGACAAACAGGUACUUUCACUAAUGUCAGGACUGAAUACACGCAAUGGUGAAUUUGGUGAUAUUUUGCUAUUCUCUCUCGGUAAUGAGCAAAUUUGCCAUUUUACUAAAUUAGCAUUCUCCUUCAGACUCUUCGAUUUUUGCCAAUAGAGGGCUUUUAAGCUGAGUUUAUUCCUGGCAAAUAUGCUAAAUAAAAGGAUAACAAGCUCGUCGUUUGUGAUAUAUUUGGCGGGAUUCUUUCAAAUUCGUCACCUUCUCUUUCAAUAUUUGCAGCACAAAGACACUAAUCAUUUUCUAUUGUAUAAUCUUGGUAUACCAUUAUGAAUGAAAGUACCUUACCUCGUGUUGAAAAGAGGAAAGUGUUACACAGAUUUAACGCGUCGUUUUUCAUUUGAUGGAUAAGUUGGACGUUGUUUCCUGUUCUGCCAAAUUUCUAUUUAAGUAGCUUUAUGAAAGCUCUUUUAUUGACGUUUUCUAUUUACGCCAAUAGGCUUGUCUUUUAUGUGGCAAAUCAAUUCAGUGGUUGAACUGACUGGUGUCUACAUUUUAUUGAUAGGCCUCAAGAGAUAGAUGAAGCUGCAAGACGUCGCUUAGUAAAAAGAUUGUACAUUCCCUUGCCUGAUCCUGGCGCUCGGCAGCAAAUCAUGCACAAUUUGUUAUCACAACAGAGUUACAGUCUCUCUGAACAGGAGAUCAAGAAGAUUGUUCAACAAACACAUGGUAAGAGUAACAAAAAAAAAGAACAGCAAGUGAAAAGUCUGUAUUAUAGGUCUUGUAGGUCAGGAGAAGAUUUGUCCUUUUCAGCCGUUUCCUUUUGGUAGAGUUGCGCUAAAAAGCAAGUGAAAAGUCUGAAAUAUAGGUCAGAAAGAGAUUCGUGGUUUUCAUUUAACUAUACCUUUAUCGUCCAUUUUUAUUCCUUUUGGUAGAGCUGGCCCACUCAAGUCUCGAGGUGAGAACUUGCCCCUUUGACUGAUUGAAAAGGAGCAGACAGAGGAGGGUUGUAUUUACAUAUGGGUUCAUUAGUGUGUUCUUAUAGCGACGGUUUUUUCACUCAGUUCCUCUUUCUCUGCAGGUUAUUCAGGCUCAGACAUGGCUAACCUUUGUCGCGAGGCGGCUCUCGGACCGAUAAGAAACAUUGCCGAUAUUCAGUGUAUUGAAGCUGAUCAGGUGCCGUGUUACUUUCUUGCUUGGAUCUUGCGUUGUUUUAUAGACUACUUUUCUAUGUGGUUAGGGACUGGUCAAAAGUAUUAGGGGGGUUGGGCCGGAGCAUUUGGAAAUGUGGUUGAUAAAAAACACAGGGCCCACCCCCUCUCUUCGGCACAAAAAUGACUGGCCCACCCCUAAAGCAAGGUUGGAAAUUGCAUGACCCACCCCCUAGUUAAAACGUGGAUGUUUGGUUUCCUCUUAAUAAUCCAAUAAAACCUUGUUCUGUACUUGACAAAAUUUGUUAAUACGCUGCUACAACCAAUAUCAAAAUCACAGAAAUCAUGCCUUUCACUGAAAUGACAAAUGUGAAAAACCGAACAUUUCUUGUUUCGAUGGAUUUUAUGAGUCUUGACACAAAUAUACAGCAAAACGAGGGUAUAUUGAAAUUUUCUGUCACAAAGCAUAUGGAAAUUUCUACAAAGACAACCCCUUCCCACACAUUACUUGCCGGAAAUGCUUAGAUUAAUCCUCAAAAAAAUUUCUUCCACUUCAAUGCAAAGCACUACCUACAAAACCGUGGAACUGCAAUGGCCACAAAGACAGCAGUUUUGAUUCCUUUGCCAAUAUUUUCAUGACAUAUAUUGAAACAACAACUCUAAGCAAAACUGUCUUCCUGUCUAUGGGACAUGAAUAAACCAGACAUCGAAGCCCUCAUUGAACAAGCAAACUUACAUCACCCAAUUAUUGAAUUCACGGCCGAAACAUUUGACACUGAGACUGCGUUUUUAGACACGGUUGUACACAAAGGCACAGUAUUCAAGGAAAAUCUAUCCUUGAUGCAGAGAACAUUUUAAACAAUCGGAAACCUUCUUGCACACACAUUUCACCUCGUGUCACCCUCCAAAUGUUAAAAAAGGAUUUGUCAAGGAGAAGCCUUGAGAAUCCUACGAAAAAACUCCUCAGAAAUAACCUUUGAGGGAAAUAAUUCACAUUUUCAAAAAACGCUUGAUGGACAGAGGGUACCCAUAAUCUUUGAUGGAAAACCUUCAAUAAAUAAAAUUCACAAAAGGGAGUCUAAACUCCUAAAACAAAACAACAAGGAGGAAAAAGAAAUAUUUCCAUUCGUGACACAAUACCAACCCUCUAUGUCUACUGUAAAGAAGGCUUGAAUGGAAAAAUGGAAUCUUAUACAAAACCAACUAUAACCUUUUAAAGAACCAUCAAUAAUUUCCUUACAAAAAUGGAAAAUCAUUAACGGACAUGCUCGUUAGAGCCCAAAAAAAGGUUAACAGAGGGUUCCACGCCCGUAUAGAUGUGCGCCUGUCACCCUUUGUAUUUUCUCGCACGACAGGUUUAUGAGUAUUUUAGCAAUAAUUUCAGCUGGCUGUCUUUUAUAUAACAAGUGUAGUCAUCUGUCUCGUUAGUAGUUAGUGCCUAUCUAUGUAAUAAAAUAGGGUGACCCAGCCCCUAAAGGUAGCUGAAAAUGGCACGACCCACCCCUUGCAGGUAGCCUGAAAUUCAUCCGAUUGCUUCGAGUCGUUUUCUCCUCUCAACAACGUCUGAAUCGACGGGCCGUUAAUGCCGUCCAGUGACGUCACUCACUACCCGAAAACUGGGUAGUGAUUUUGAUUGGUUGACUGUCUAAACUUUCGCGCAUAAUUAUGUAUAAUUAUGAAAAAUUUUAGCGGGAUUGUCGCUUGAUAUUCAGCGGAUCGCAUCCCUGGCAUUCUUUCGUGUAGUUCAAACAUUUCGAUAAGCUUAAUCUUAAACAGCAAGAUUGCCCUUGUCUUCGAAACUGAAAUGCUAAAUUGAACUGCGAAUGAAGAAUCAUUGCGGAGAGUCGGGAGGUUUUUCAUUUAGAGCCGCUUUGUGGUUUCGGCGGCCGGUGAUUUUGUUUACGCGAAGUUUUCUGAGAUCAAUGUUGUAAUUCGACCUUCUUGCUAUUUUCACCGUCAAGUGUAAUGAUUCUGUUAGCUUUUUUCUCUUGUUUCCUUGUUUUUUUUUCUUCGUUAAGGACCAAAUAGCUUCUUUUCAAUUAAAGCAAAUCAUUGUGUUUUUAAAUAAGUGUUUCAUGUGUGUGUUUAUUUCGUGAUUGUGACCGAGUUUGAUUAUAGAAUUCAGUACAACUGGUUCAGAGUUGUACUGCACGCAGUUGAUAGUUUGAACGUUAAACAUGAACUACGAUCGAAAAAAAUAAAGCAAUUCUGUAUCAUGCAGACAUUUCCACACGAUAUUUCUCGGUUUGCUACUUGAAAAUCGUGUUUUACUUUUUGCAUGAAUUAAAGCAAAGAUCAAGGAGUAGUGACGUCACUGGACGGCAUUUACGGCUGGUCGAUUCAGACGUUACUGAGGGAGUAAUAACGACUCGAAGUAAUCGGAUGAAAUUCAGGCUACCCUUGCACUAGGCUCUCUGCUCCGGCCCCCCCCCCCUAUACUUUCCGACCAGUCCCUUAUAAUUUUGUUAUAUUUUUCACUCUCCCUCGAAUACGUUUUGUAACCAACCGCCAAUCAUCAUUAAAGAACUAAAGGCGCGAGUGGAGGCUGCGGUCAUAUUCUCGCCAACACUUUGUGGGUGGUUGGCGACGACCUGAAAAUCUGACACUUAAAAAACGUCUUUCACUUUAUGGGCACGUUUUGUGGUCCAUAUUUUCAACAUUCUGUAAACGUUUUGGGGCUUCUUUUCUUUUCGGAAGAAAUGUUUAGUCAGUCUUGACUCUGUUGUGAUUUGUGUUGUACUUAGAUUGUUACCUCUGCGUCCUGCGUCCCUGACGCAUAAAAAUCCCCAAAGACGCAAAAUAAUUCAUGGCAUGCGUCCCCUAGGACGCAAAGAUCGAUCGAUCGACCUGAGCGUGUGUGUUUGUAGGAAGAUCUCGUUCGUAUAAUUUCUGUGGCAGUUAUUAUGGCUGUUGUUUAAGUAAUGGUCCAGAUAAGAAGGAAAGGACCAAAACGCAGUGAACACGUCGGAAUGCAAAAAGGUGCUAACUUUACUAUUGUCCCUACUAAGGUUCUGAUUGGUUUAAACAUCAAAUUUUACGAAAUCUUCGCAAAGCAGCAUGUACAUCAAUCCUUUUUUUCUAUCCAACUUCCUUAUAACAAAAUCUCGUCUGAGUCUAAGUAACACAGAAAUCGUAUGUGCGGAUCAUGUAAAAUUGAAAACAUUUCUUGGCCAUUGUUUGCAACUCUUGUGAUUGGUCGAAAUGUUUUAACACAAAAAUACACCCUUUAAAAGUGGAGUUUAAAUACAUUUUCUUUCGUAAACAGCCUUUUUGUAGAUUUAUGCACUCUCUGCGUAAAAAUGAAAACAUUUCUAUGUGAGGAAAGCGUAUUGCGCCACAACAAUAGAAAUUGCUUUCCUUCUUACCUGGAUCAUUACUUAACGAUGUACAUAUAUUUCUUUAAGCCUUUUUGUGCGUUAAAUAGUGGUACUAUAUUUUAAUUUCAGCAUACUGUAAAAUAGAGUUUUGGGUCUGUCUUCUGCUUAACUGUAUGGUUACGUAAAGUCCCAAGUAUUUUCAAUUUCGGACUCGUUUUUUUUUUCUUUUAACUGGAACUCGUUGGUUCUGGACUGGGACUAAUGAUUUUCACAAGAUGAGUACCAGGACUCAUCAUAACUAUUUGUAACAAAAUCACCGCUUAGUUGCCUUGUUUCCUAUUUAAAGUUACUGUCCAGAUAAGGAGAAAAGCAACAACAACAAGAAACAGUUUCAUGUCGGAAGGUUGGAAAGGUACUCAUUACUGCAGGGGGAAGCAGGGUGGGAGGGUGGUAAGGGCGUCCUGCGGUCCCGGGUUCAUGUCCUGACGCUGACCACCAACUGGCUUGGUUUGUUACUCCGUGGUACCGAAUUCAAAUCCUCGAUCAUGCUUGUAAAUAAACAACUGGUUACCUAGUGCCUGCUUGGGUCUUUAAUCCUAUUAUGUUCUAUUUACAUUAUUUGUUUUUAAUUAUUUGUGUGGAGUGUCUGUAACGUAGCUAGAACUGAGCUUAUUGGACCUUUACUCUUUUUGCAAGAAUCUUGCAUAUUUAUGUUCAGUUAAUCUCUAGUGAAAACGAAACCAUUCGGGUUUGAGUAGAGCUUAUUACUCUGCCUUCAAUACCUGGAUAAUUACUGUAUAGAGGAUGGUUGUCUAUCCACACCUUUCGGCUUCCUUCUCAGAGAAUAGACUUACGAAAUAGUUGGUGUGCCUCUUAUAUCCUAGGCCCAAUUAACAACCUUUCCUAUAUUUAUUAAAGAUAUAUCCGAACGGGCGUUUUAAAACAACAUGCUUUUGAGAAAAUACUUAUGAUGCGUAUUUAUAACUUAAGAUAGCGCCUUGGAUCCGACCGCUAACCCUGGUUUUAAUAAACCAUUAUUGUUUUACGUGAUUAGGCCAGCGGCGGGAAUGGUAAUUAGUCUGACCCCGUUUUUUUUUUUUUUUUUUUUUUUCAGGUUCCACCCAUUGUUUUCAGGGAUUUCGAUGCGGCGUUACACCAAGUACGUGCCAGUGUGUCUGAGAAAGACCUUGAUUUGUACCUACAAUGGAAUAAACUUUAUGGCAGUGGGACAAAGUAACCUUCUAUUCUAGAG